CAUACAAAUUAUUGUCACCAAUGGGCAUUAGUUUAUCGGCCAAUACUUGGGGAAUAAAUAACUUAAAUAUAUUUGCAGCUCAAAAAGUGGGGGAUGAUCAAAUACAAACUUUAGCAGGGCUAUUUGCCAAUAUAAAUCUUGAGGGUGGACCUUUAGUAAAAGGAUUUUUUGCUGAAACAAAUAUGAUUGUAGGAAAUGCUGUAAAUGUUACUUAUGCCACCAUUUCCAGGGAGGCUGAUAAUCUACAGGGCAGUUUACGUUUACGCCUGUUUAAAAAUGAUUUAUAUGGAGUCGAUUUGAAUUUCUAUCACAACACCACUAAUAUUUAUAAUUUCUUUACAUUUUGCCGCAUUGGUGGCAACAUUUGUUGGUGUUGUCCCCAGGAGGGUCAUAUGCUAGCAGUGGGUAUUUCACACACACCCUUAUUCAACUCCAGCACUUUAGAUUUGAUUUGUAAAGUGAAUUUAUGGAAAACUGAAAAUGGAUCAUUCAAUAUAGAUCUCACAUCAAAUCUAACAUUUCAUAUAAGAGGACCUUUAGUGGGCCAGCAAAAUAUAGUUUCCUCUUUGACCAUAUCUUAUGAUCUGUGGAAUAGAGUGCUCAAAGAAACAGUUUUAACAAAUUAACAUUUUACCGCAAUUUACAAUGUAAUAAAAUGUUAAGAA